UAUAAGAACAGUUUAUAUAAUCUAGAAGAAUCCAUUCUUCAAACUUGUGCCCUUUGCUCUAAUCUAAUCAUGGAAGCUCUAUCCCUUUCCAUUCCAAUAAUCAGAGUUACCAAUUCAAAUACCAACUACAUUUCUCUCGGUGCUGCUACAAACUAUGGCUCACUCUCUUCCUUACACCACCGUUCUUCUUCUUCCUCAACCAGACCCUUCACUUUGAAGAAGAAGAAGAAGAAGAAGACUGUUGUUCGUGUACGGGCUGAGAGUGAAGAUUUUGAAUUGAAGCAAGUUAGGGAUAUGGCUGCUGCCAAAAAGAGAUGGGAAGCUCUGCUCAGGGAUGAAAAAAUUAAGGUUCUUACCCCAAAAGAAGCUGGUUAUGCAGUACAGCUUUCAAACAAGCCCCUUCUUGAUGUUCGCCCCUCAAAUGAACAUAACAAGGCAUGGGUGAAAGGUUCAACCUGGAUUCCAAUAUUCGAUGUUGAUAAUGGACUAGAUGUUGGAACCAUUCCCAGAAAAGUUACAAAUUUCGCUAUGGGAGGUUGGUGGAGUGGCAUGCCUACACUGUCUUUUGACAACUCGUUCUUACCCAGAGUUGUGGAGAAGUUUCCCAAAGAUGCAGAAUUAAUCGUUGCAUGCCAGAAGGGACUGAGAUCACUAGCUGCUUGUGAACUACUGUAUAAUGCUGGCUACAGUAACCUGUUCUGGGUUCAAGGAGGCUUUGAGGCAGCUGAAGAAGAGGAUCUUGUAGUUGAGGGUCCAGUGCCUCUUAAGUUUGCUGGAAUUGGCGGCAUCUCAGAAUUCCUAGGUUGGACUGAUCAACAAAGAGCUGCAGCAGCUAAGGAAGGCUGGGGAUACAGAUUAGUGUUUUCUGCACGCCUGAUUGGACUGUUUCUUGUUGCCGAUGCAUUAUUUAUUGGUGCUCAGCAAAUUGGGCACUAUCUUCAGGAGAUCAGGACCCAUUGAGAUACUAUGGCUACCUUUCAGUUAGUUACUGAUUAAUCCCGGUGUAAACAAUGUUCCUUGUUGUGCAUGAGAAAAUAGCGACAACCGGCUGAGGAACUCAAUUUUGAAUGCGGACCCUUGGAAGAGGCUUAUUUAUUGCCCAUCCUUUAGUUAGAUUUACUAGCAGGUGCUUUCUGAAAUUUAUGUCAUAGGUCUCAUCUUAUUCCUUGUCACUACAGGAUUAUAAAUCCAUGUUUAGCUGAGCAGUGAUUUUAGUUUAGGUUUCUUCCACAUGACUAUGCCUAUUUACAUGUUUUUUGGCCAAAUUCUUGUAUUUUUCUUAGAAAUUUCAAGAACACAAGCCUGCUUCGUUAAUGUUAAUAUUUUGGCUCUUGUACUGUAUGUACUGUAGCCAUUGAUAUACUAGAAUGAAUUCCGAACCUUGAUUAUAUUGUUGCAGAAACCCUCUCAAUGCUGGAUAAAUUAAGGUGUUGAUGUGUGUAUGC